AAACAUUUUCUAGCACCUAUGAUACAUACCAUUCUUUCUUCGGAUUAAAAAAAAAAAUUGGUGAAAAAGUUCCUUAUUGAUAGGCGAAGCAGUAGAGGCAAAUCAGAGUCAAACCAUAAACCGUCAUUGUUAUUCGAACAGCCUAACAUCAAGCAAAUUUGACUCAAAACAUCCGCCCCAAUUCUUUGCCGGAAUUUUUAGUUUAGCUUUUUCAAAUCCCCCACUUUUUUCGCUUCUUUGUCCUUGCAAAAAUUAACAGUUUUUUCCUUUCUUUUUUAUUACAAUAACAUUCCCAGCAAGGCAAAACUCACCCAAAUGUCUUCAAAUCAGCUUCUUCUUCUUGAAUCUGACAAAGAACAUGACUCACGUAGCCGCAAGGGCUCGCCCAGGCUUCACUCAAGCCGUUUUGCUAACAGCAAUGACCAUCUUUUGGGGUUGAAAUUGAAGAAAGUGAAGAGGAAGGGAUGUGGGAGAGCUUGGUAUCAAAGAAAGAGAGUGAAAAGUUUUUUCGGUGUGAUUGGUUUGGUUGGGUUCUUCCUCCUUGUUAAUUGGGUUAUGCUUUCGAGUUUACAAGAUCAUGGGCAACAACAAAAGUUGUCUCUGGUCAAUUCAUCUAUUUCAGUUAAGAACGAACUGAAGAAGUUUGGUAAAGGCAAGAGGUCGCAGUUUGGUGUUUAUGGAAGGAUGCUGGCUCUGGCAGCUCAUGCCUUGGCUGAGGGGCAGAAUAGACGUGAGCCAAAGGAUUUGUGGAAAGAGCCAGUGAUUCCUGCUUCUGCUUGGAGACCUUGUGCUGAUCAGCGUAAUUGGGAAACUAAUGGGGGACAUAAUGGAUACCUUGUGGUCACUGCAAACGGUGGGAUGAAUCAGCAGAGAGUAGCUGUUUGCAAUGCCGUUGUCCUAGCACGAUUGCUUAACACAACACUUGUUGUUCCGAGAUUUAUGUACAGUAGUGUCUGGAGAGAUGUGAGUCAAUUCAGCGAUAUCUAUCAGGAGGAAUACUUUAUUAACUACCUAAGCCCUGAUAUUCGGAUAGUGAAGGAACUUCCAAAUGAGCUACUGUCAUUGGAUUUGGAGGCAAUUGGUAGUGUUGUGACAGAUAUAGACAUCCCAAAAGAGUCCAAGCCAAGUUUUUAUCUGAAAAACAUUCUCCCUAUUAUACUUCGAAAUAGAGUUGUCCAUUUACUUGGGUUUGGGAAUCGUUUGGCAUUUGACCCAAUACCUUUCCAGUUGCAGAGACUUCGAUGUAGAUGCAACUUUCAUGCACUACAGUUUGCUCCAAAAAUACAACAGACAGGUGCUUUGCUCCUUCAAAGGUUGCGUAAGUAUGCUGCUAAACCUGGGCCAUUGGAUAAUUAUCUUGUUGGUCCACAUAAAGAUUCAGUCAUAAAGGAAAAGAGGGUUCAGUCUGCAAAAGCCUCUAAAUACUUAGCCUUACACCUGAGAUUUGAAAUUGACAUGGUAGCUCAUUCUCUCUGUGAAUUUGGUGGAGGUGAACAAGAGAGACGAGAGUUGGAAGUAUUUCGUGAAAUUCAUUUUCCUGCACUGACACUUCUUAAGAAAACUGCAAAGCUACCUUCUCCUGCAGAGCUCAGAUCUGAAGGGCUAUGUCCAUUGACACCUGAAGAAUCAGUACUUAUGCUUGCUGCUCUCGGUUUCAACCGUAAGACGCACAUAUAUGUCGCUGGGGCCCAGAUAUAUGGAGGGGCACAAAGAUUGACUGCUUUGAACACCUUGUAUCCUUACUUAGUUACUAAAGAAAACUUGCUUUCAGCGGCUGAACUUGAACCAUUCAAGAACUUUUCAUCUCAGCUAGCAGCACUGGAUUUCAUUGGCUGCACAGCUGCCGAUGCCUUUGCCAUGACAGAUUCAGGGAGUCAGUUGUCAUCAUUGGUCUCUGGUUAUCGCAUAUACUAUGGUGGAGGGAAGAUGCCAACUAUUCGGCCAAACAAGCGAAGACUUGCAGCCAUCUUCAUGAAGAAUUCCACUAUAGAAUGGAAAGUCUUUGAACAGAGAAUUAGGAAGGCAGUUAGACAAACUAAACACGUCCAGACAAGGCCCAAGGCAAGGAGUGUUUAUAGAUAUCCUCGGUGCAAAGAAUGUAUGUGCCCUACAACUUAACACAUGCCAAUUGGAACAUGUAACAUUUGUUCGUUAAUUUUACCUUUUCAUUCAUAUGCUCUCUCUCAUGAAUGAGAGCCAAUUUUUUCACAAAUAUAGAGAAGAUGCAGAGCCUUCUUUCUCUCUAAGAACUUCUUUUGUCACCACUAGACAACGCUGAUCCUCGGAUUCUUCUCAUGUUUUAUUUCUUUGACCUAUAAUAUUGAAACCGGCCUUACUGAUAAUGGUAUUCUUACAAUGUAAUUUUGAUAUAUGAGGUAUAAUUCUCUUAAGAUUCAUAUUA